UCAGGGGAAGGCAAUGCGUUUGAACCAGGAAGAGGAGGAGUCGGAAUGGCUUUGAAAGACCAGGUUGAGAGUUUAACGGAGGAGGUAGUUUGUCCCAUCUGCCUGGAUUACUUCACCGAUCCGGUGUCACUGGAGUGUGGGCACAACUUCUGCCGCUCCUGUAUCACACAGAGUUGGGACAAGGAGGCGAGAAACUCCUGCCCGGAAUGUAGAGAGCAGUUUACAGGCCGCACCCUCAGGUUUAGUUGGGCCUUGGCGAGACUGUCUGAGAAAGCUCGAACACUGAGCCUGAAUCGGACAGAGAAGGAAAGUAAACUUCAGUGCGAGGAACAUCAGGAAGAACUGAAGCUGUUUUGUGAAACUGACAAGAAGCUGAUCUGUGUGCUUUGUGCAGGUGGGCGGGAACACAGAGAUCACCGCUUCAUGCUGGUUGAUGAAGCUGUUGAAACCUACAAGGAUCAGGUGAAAUCUUCCAUCCAGUCUCUUGCAAAAAAGCAAUCAGGGAUCCAGCAAAUGGAGCAGCAACAGAAACAGAAGAUUUCUAGAGUUCUGGAACAAUCACACAACAUUCAGUCCAAGAUCACAUCCCAGUAUGCUGAACUGCACCAGAUUCUCACUGAGAAAGAGCAGCGCGCACUGGCAGAUAUCCGGGAGGAAGAGAAGAAGAUUCUAAAUACAAUGGAGAAAAAUCUUGGAAAGAUUCAAGAGAAUUUAAAUUCCAUUCAGGAGGAACUCUUAAAGUUGCAACAACAGAUGCAUCAAAAAGACAGUGUGGUGCUUCUGAAGGAGGAAGCUGGUUGUAAGCAAAGGGUUCGUGAUGAUGCCAAACCACUGUCGGUGGUAGAUGAAGCCUUGCAGAUUGAAAAGUUUAAUUGCCCUGUUUCGUUCAACACUGCAUUCAAAGAAAUAUCUGAUGACCUCAAGUCCUACCCUGCACUACAGUUUGGUGAAAUGAAAGUGUGCAGUCACAAAAUGGAGAAAACUGGGCGCAAGCGAAGGGUUCGUGAUGAAGCCAAACCACUCUCGGUUGUAGAUGAAGCCUUGCCGGUUGAAAAGUUUCAUUGCCCUGUUUCGUUCAACACGAUAUUCAAAGAAAUAUCUGAUGACUUCAAGCAAGUCUCUGUCACCCUGGAUGUGGAAACAGCGCAUCUGCAGCUCAAGGUGUCUGAGGAUCGGAAGAGGGUGAGAUGGACCGAGUCCCGGAGGCGUCUCCCUGACACCGGGAAGAGGUUUACACACUGUACGUGUGUGCUGGGAUCGGAGGGAUUCACAUCGGGGAGACAUUACUGGGAGGUGGAGGCGGCGGGGAGUCUGUGGAUUCUGGGAGUCGCCGCAGAGUCUGUGGAGAGAAAGAGAUCGGUCACACUGACCCCAGAGACUGGAGUCUGGAGCAUGUGGCGGGGGUGGGGUGAUGACGUGUUUGAUGCACUCACCUCCCCACCAUCCCAUCUCCCCGCCCGUCCCAUCCCCAGGAGGCUGGGAAUUUAUCUCAGUUACGAGUCCGGGACAGUUUCAUUUUACGACACGGACACCAAGUCCCAUCUCCACACCUUCACUGGGAAUAAUUUCACGGAGAAACUUUAUCCUUUCUUCUGGACUCAGGAUCUAAACCAGUGGCUGAGAAUCUGCUCCCGUUCCGCUCCGGGUGUGUAAAAAAAUGUAAAUGUGGGAAGAGUGAAAUAAACAGCAACUGAAAUCAGA